AUGUGUCUGGAAAAGAUUGAGACUAGGGACCAAGAUGAAGACCGAGUCAUAUUAGUGAGCGUGUUUGAUGACUUCGAUUCAAGAGGACUUUAUCCGACGCGAAGGCCAGUGCUACCCCCUACACCUUCACCAUUACGGUACCCGCUACCGAGACCGUUACCUGCUAAUAUAUUCUUCUACAGAGACUCGCAAGAAAAUGAUGUGCGAGUACAACCUGAUCGUCAGUUCUCCAGGCCAGAACCUCAUAUGCGGGUACAACCCGAUCGCCAUUUCUUGAGGCAAGGGCCUAAUAUGCAAUUCCAGCCCGGUCGUCAGUUCUUUAGGCAAGGACCAGAUAUGCAGUUCCAGCCCGAUCGUCAGUUCUUUAGGCAGGGACCUGAUAUGCAAGCCCAACCCGAUCGUCAGUUCUUCAGGCAGGGGCCUGAUAUGCAAGCCCAACCCGAUCGUCAGUUCUUCAGGCAGGGACCUGAUCUGCAAUUCCGGCCCGAUCGUCAGUUCUUGAGGCAGGGGCCUGAUAUGCAAUUCCAGCCCGAUCGUCAGUUCUUCAGGCAGGGACCUGAUCGGCAAGCCCAACCCGAUCGACAGUUCUUCAGGCAAGAAUCCGACAUGCAAGUGCAACCCGAUCGUCGGUUUAUGAAGACGGGGCGACGUCGUUUUCGCCCCCGACCCUAA